CAAAAUGGUAAUAUUAUAAUAAAUUUAAUUGACAUUAUUGACAUAGUAUAUUUAAUUGGAAUUGAUUAAAAACAAAUGUAAAUACAAAUUGUCUAUAUUAGCCCAUUGGGCGUAGCAAACCGUGAUCAGUUAUAUUUGAUUUGUAACACGCAUAAUAUGUACUAUUAAUUUGUUUAAAUUCGUUCAUAAAUAAUUCUGUAUAAGUAUUUGAAAGUGUUUUUUACCUACUGAAAAAAAUAUUCUUAUUCUAUUUUAUUUUAUUUUCUAAUACAAAAUAAUUGUAUAAUAGAAGACUGGUCAUCACUGCAAUUUUUGUUUAAGCUGUAUCAAGAUGUAUUUCCCAAGAAUAAUCACCUUCUCACUCAUACAACAAACACUAGGAUUUAUUGCAUAUGAUUGUGGUGGACCUAAAAUAAACAUAACGGCAUUUAAUAGUCUGAAUGUAGAUUUUUGUGAACUUCCGACCGCAAUCGACGUUCAACCUAUUCAGAGAAUUCAGUUAUUACAAAAAACAGACACUUAUUCGAUAGCUUAUAAAUCAUGUUCAAUAAUAAUAAACUAUUUCAUAUCAAGGUGCUCUAUACUAGAAGAUGCACAAAUGGUAGAGAAUGGCUACUUCACAGAAAUAUCAGAACUAGGCAGCUCACGUUGUUCGGAAAUUCACCAAAGGUUAAUUUAUCAGCUUCCACUUGGAGGGGUGAUUACAGGAUUAAAAAUAAAUGAAACAAGACUUUUUUCUACUACAAUAGCUGGAUUCAUUGACAGACAUGGUAAUUGCAAAGGUACAACAUUCACAUCAGAUAAAGGUACGUGGCAAGAUGUUAUUGUACAGGCCAACUAUAAAAUAAUUCUGACCACUGGGGUAGCAAUAGUGAAUAGCAAAGAAAAUACACUAAUACUCUCAACGGGCACUUCGUUUAAACUAACUGACCAAUACGGCAUAGAUGCAUAUAAAGGCGAAGUAAUAUGGGAUUUAAAUGUAUACGAUUGUGAUACACAUGAAUUCACAAUAUUAUACGAUGGGCCUGCAUCUAUGAUCACCUCGACUAAAAAUAAAAAUCAACAUACUUACUUAGUUGAAUCCGAUCAAAUAGUUUUUGCCCUCACCAGUAUAAGGCAAACAUAUGCCUGUAAUAUUCCAGUUAUACAAACAGAACAUUCACAAUUACAUAUUCUAACAGACCCUCUAUUUUUUAACUCCUUCAAAACAAAAAGCAUUUCUCCGCAAAAUACAGACUUAAUGGCUUACAUUAACACAAAAUUCGUUUACAUCGAAAACCGUUUUAAAUCGUCCUUAACUGCUUUAUAUACAGAUUUAUUACAUAAACAAUGUGAGUUAGAGAGGAAAGUAUUAUUACAUAAAUUAAGUUUAGCAACAUACAGUCUUUCGGAAUUUGCCUAUGCAAUGGGCGAAGGUCCUGGUUUCACAGCCAUUAAAGCUGGUGAAAUAAUAUAUUUAAUAAAAUGCAAAGCAGUUGAGGUAGAAAUUAUAUACAAGGACGUUUGUUAUAAUGAACUACCCGUAACAUACAAUAACGAAUCAUAUUUCAUGGCACCAAAAAUGAGGACUUUGCAGAAAUAUGGUACAGAAAUUGAUUGCAAUAAUCUAUUACCCUCUGCAUUUUAUCUUGAUGGAGAAUGGUUUUCAAUAACAUCAAAAAUAAAUGAAAUAAAAAAACCUCAAACCCUUAAACCUUUAAACCAUCAACGAAAUGGACGUGGAUAUACAAAAGCCCUGAACAUUUGAUGACGGCUGGGAUUUAUACAUAUAAUAC